AUGGACAUUGAUACAAAAACACAAGGAACAGUUGCUGUGUCAACGACAAGUAGCGUUCAGACGUUAAAGAUUGAGACAAACACCGACUUCGUCGCUGAUAACGGAACCGACAAAAUUUUACAAGAUGAUAACAAAAAUAAAGGAAACGGCGAGAUAGUGUACGGAAAAACGUCUAACGACAAAGUUUUUCAAGUUCCGCAAACGUCUGAUAUGUUAACCUCGGUUUUUACGCUGAGCACCAGGAAAUCUGCGUUUGAUACAAUCACUCUUGUUGUCAUAAGUUCGCAAAUACUUUUGUUUUUCAUUCUUCCCUCGUCUAUCAGGAGAUGGAUAUUUUUGAUCCUUUUUAUCUUUUGGAGAGUUUCUUAUAAUGCUGGGCUUGGUGCAUUGUUGAAAUAUCAAAGUGACAGAAGAGGUUUAGUGUUAUGGGCAAAGCGUAAGAAAAUUUUUGAUAAGGAGAAAGGUGGAAAAUGGUACACUUUUCUGAAAGAAGAAUUAACCGUAAAAAUGGGCGAUGAUUAUGAUUUUGAUACCGCACCUAUCGAAUUUAACACCUGGCUUCUUUUCCGUCAACUCGUGGACCUCAUACUUUUGAACGAUUUCAUCACCUAUGUCUGCUUUGCCCUUGCCAAUUUCAGUAUUCCAGAAAAUUCUGGUUUGAUUACUAAUGUCCUUCGUUGGGUCGGCGGUCUGUUCUUGUUAUGGUUUAACGUUUGGGUAAAAGCGGAUGCCCAUCGGGUUGUCAAGGAUUUUGCUUGGUGUAUGUCGGUCAGAACUUUCCUAUGUCGUGCUGAUUGUUCGUUUUGGUACUGGGGUGACUUCUUUUUUCUUGUUGAUCAAUCGUUGACAUUUGAUGGUGUGUUCGAAAUGGCACCGCAUCCGAUGUAUUCUAUUGGGUACGUUGGUUAUUACGGCAUUUCCUUGAUGAUGGCAAGUUACACGGUGUUAUUCGUUAGCUUGUCUGCGCAUGCAGCACAAUUCGCCUUCCUAACAUUCGUGGAGAAUCCUCAUAUCGACAAGACAUACAAUAAACCUACUCCUCUAAAUGAAAAAUUGUCAAAACCACACACAACAAAGGAUCAAGAGUCAGCGUCGCAACACAGUGAUUUAGAGUUACACUCGAAGAACGAUCUCCAAUCAUCUCUUUCGAACUUACCGGACACCACAGAUCAUUGUUUCCGUCGUGAUCUGAUCGUUUUCAAGAACUUUGAUCUCCUGCGUUCGAAUGAUCUUUUUGUCGUUUUCAUGACAUUCUAUGCUGUUAUCAUCCCGUCAUUUAUCAUGGGUGCAUCGGAAAACGUGAUUAGGAUCUUUUUGAUUGUUCAAUGUUUGGCCUGGCGCGUGUUUCAUUCAUAUGGAUUAGGCGCGAUCUUGUUUCUUCAGAGUAAGGAAAAGUUGUUGACGAAGCACUACAUAAAAUUUGGCGGUACUGUAAAUGAAGCUUUUGCUAACUGGAAGAGCAUAUAUAACCUCUCUUUGUACAUGACAUACGUUACCUUUGUGUCCGCUGCUUGGAAGAUGUACUAUUUCCCGGAAGACUGGACCUACGGGACGGUAUUGUUGCGUCACACCUUAGGAGUGUUGCUGAUAGUUUUGCACAUAUGGACAUCAGUUUCCAUAUUUGAGGUUCUUGGAGAUUUCGGGUGGUUCUACGGGGACUUCUUCCUUGAUGCUCGUCCGGAAACACCGUACUACACCGGCAUCUAUCGAUUCUUAAACAAUCCGGAGAAACUUAUGGGUCACACUGCAUUUUGGGGGAUCACCCUGAUUUCAAAUAGUUGGCCGAUUUUCGGCCUAACUUUAUUUGCUCAAAUUUCGAACCUUUUAUUUUUACGAUAUAUCGAGAGCCCUCAUAUGCGAAAGCUUUAUGGUGACAAGAUUCGUAAGGAAGAUGGUUUGACGAAGACGAUUAAGCGCGUCAUCAAAAUUCGCGAGGUUCCCGAAAUUUCAAUUGUCAAGCGUGUCGUUAGAGAAGUUGAAAAGGUUGUUGAGGAGACGGCUGAGGUUGUUGGUGAAUUCGUUGGUGCUGCAAAGCCAAAAGUACAAAACUUGUUUCAAAAUUCAAGAGAUAAAUUCAUGAUUAGCCGACUCUCCGAGGUCAAUGACAAUUUUGAUCGCAGGCAAUAUUCGAUUUCAUUGAUUCUACCCGAUGAAGGCUCAAACGACACAUCAAAUUCGAAUGGUCACAACACAAACUCGAAGACCAUAGCUUUUCAACUCGGAGAGCCGAUAUCAUUGUCGUGGAUGGCCCCGAAGAAUCAUUCUCGAUUGGAUUGGAUAGGUAUCUACAAGGUUACCGCCAAUUCUUCAAAGGUGAUAACGAGCGUUUCAAGCGGUGGGCGGUUCCUGUAUGUUACGCCGGAUGAAGAUGACAGUGAAACGAGCGCCCACAUAAUUGCUCGCGAUAAUGAUGACGGUCCUUUAGAGAAGGGUGAGGUACGGUUUACGGGUGACCGUUUGCCGUGGGAAUUGGGUGUCUACGAAUUUCGGUAUCAUCACAACGACAAACAUAAUGUGAUAGUCGUUUCCGAACCAUUCGAAAUUGCCGCAAACGCACAAUAUGUAUCCGAUCUUCCCACGAUCGAGAGAACACUCCUUACGCUAGUGCAGAGAGCCCUCGAUUCAGAUGAAGAAUUAAUUCCGCAUACCACAAGUGAUGAUUACAAGCUAACGAAAGAGAUUCAAGCCAAACGUAUCGUAUACGGGAUCAAGAUGAUUUUUGAUGUAGAUUUUGCGUGGGAAGUUGUCGCCGUUGAUGGGAAUAUUGAAAGACUGGCACGUCGGAUUUUUAAGGCACGAUACGCCUUAUUGCCAUUUCCUGAUUCAUCCUCGGAUGAUGAGUUAUCACCCGAUCUUAGUGACGAGAAGUUAAUUGCAUUGCUCAACAGGCGUCACGACAAAACGAAUCAAAUUAAAUUACAAUUAAUAUCUCCGAGAAGCAUGCCUGAAAGGGAAUUGAGUCAAAUAGAAACACUUAAGGACGUUUAUGAAAAAGGUGGUUUUGGGCCGCGUAGAUCGAGGAGGGUAGAGAAACGUAAGAAAGAAUCCGUGGAAGAUUGUUACUCUUACAAUGAGAAGUUUAACGAGAAAGUCUCUCUCAUCCAAGCUGAUAUUACUAAGUUGAAGAUCGAUGCGAUAGUAAAUGCAGCAAAUGAAUCACUCAUGGGUGGAGGUGGAGUUGACGGAGCAAUUCAUAGGGCCGCCGGACCGAAACUUAAACAAGAAUGUUGGGAGUUAAAUGGUUGUAGGACGGGGGAUGCCAAAAUAACUCUCGGUUAUGAUCUUCCGGCUAAACAUGUCAUUCACACCGUUGGACCUAUGGGUGAGAAACCUGAACUUCUUCGCAGUUCUUACGAACGAUCUUUGAAGGUUUUUUUCGAAAAAAAGUUGAAGAGCAUAGCAUUUUCAAACAUUAGCACGGGGGUUUACGGAUAUCCACGCUACUCUGCGGGUCACGUGGCCAUAUCUACUGUGAGGAAAUGGUUGGAAGACCAUCCGGACCUUGACCAAGUCGAAAGGAUCAUAUUUUGCGUGUUCGAAGAUGAGAACAAAAUCGAUUCCGAGGAUAAUGAUGGUGAAAAGGCUGAGGCGAAAAAAGAUGAUGCGUCGGUUUCUUCUACACUCGUGGAUGAUCUAGAAAAUACGCGUGCGGAGGGUUUGGAAAAUGUUGAAACAAAGCAGGAUGAAACCUCGACCACAUCUGCUGCACCCAUAGAAACCGUUGAAAAAGAAAUCUCGACCACAUCUGCGCCAGAAGAUAAAUCGGAAGAUAUGGAAGUGUGCCAGGGAACUUCGACAUCUCCGUCCGCACCUGUGGAUUCCUCGGAAAAUACCGAAACGAGUCAAGCAAACCAAGGAGGGGAUUCGAUAGCUUCUUCCUCACCUAUGGAUGGUUUGGAAAACACUGGAGAAAACCAAGAAACUCCAACUUCAUGUAUGCCCAUGGAUGUUUCAGAUGAUACCAAGAUAGAUCAGGAAGCUUCCGCUUCUAACGAUUCAGAAGAGAAAACGGAAAAAGAAGAAGGGGUACUUGAUCCCGAAACGAUAAAGCAAAAUGAGGAAACUUUGCGGGAAAAGGAAAAAGAAGAAAGGGUACUUGAUCCCGAAACGAUAAAGCAAAAUGAGGAAACUUUGCGGGAAAAGGAAACGAAGCAGGAAACAGGAUCCAAAGUCGUGGAGGAAAACUUGGCACAGAAUAACGAUACUCUUAUGUCUCGGGAGGAAGAGGGGAAACAUUGUCCGGAGGAAACUAAAUCUCAAAAUAACGAUACUCUUAUGUCUCGGGAGGAAGAGGGGAAACAUUGUCCGGAGGAAACUAAAUCUCAAAAUACUCAUGAUUCUAUAAUUUCACCUGAAGUAGAGCAGAUUCCGUCGGAUUCUCUGAAAGCUGAUUCUACUCUUCAAGCACACGACGCGGAGGCUUCCUCACAAGAACAAGAAUCCGAAAAAGGCGUUACACGUUCGUCAUUGUGA